AUGGCCCACCCAGCCGCCAACGACGACCUCCGCGUCGAAACCCUCUUCACCUUCAAAACCCACAUCGCCCUCGUCACGGGCGGCGCCACGGGGCUCGGCGAAAUGGCCGCCCAAGCCUUUGUCCAAAACGGCGCCCGCGUCCUCAUCGCCUCGCGCAAGGAGUCCGAACUCAAGACCACUACGGACCGGCUGAACAAGCUCGGCCCGGGCCGCUGCGAAUACAUAGUCGCGGACCUGAAAGACAAAGCGGGCUGCCUGGCCCUCUGCGCCGAGGUCAAGAAGCGCGUCGAUCGCCUCACGGUGCUGGUGAACAACACGGGCGCGACGUGGGGGGAUGACUAUUACAAUUUCCCCGAGAGCGCGUGGGAUAAGCUGAUGAGCUUGAAUGUGAAGAGUAUCUUCUACAUGACGGUGGGGUUGGAGGAGUUGCUGCUCAAGGGGGCGAGUCCCGAGAAUCCGGGGAGGGUGAUUAAUGUCGCGAGUAUGGCGGGGAUUCAGACGGGGGAUGUGACGACGGGGGAGGAAGGGGGGUUGAGUAAGCCUGGGCAUGGGACGUUUAGCUAUGGCCCCUCAAAAGCCGCCUGCAUCCACCUCACCAAAAUGCAAGCCUCGAAGCUCGCCCCCAAGAACAUCACCGUCAACGUCAUCUGCCCCGGCGUCUUUCCCUCGCGCAUGACCCACUUCGGCCUCGACAAGUACAUGGAUACAUUGCUCAUGGGCCAGCCUACCGGCCGGAUCGGCAAACCGAGCGAUUUCGGCGGGUUGGUGCUGUUUUUGAGCAGUCUGGGGAGUGCGCAUAUGACGGGGAAUGUGGUCGAGUUGGAUGGGGGCAGUACGUUGAGUGGGUGGAGGGGGAAGAGGGGGGAGAAGACGGGGGGCAGUAAGAUUUGA